AUGCCGUCCCUCGGACGCGCAGCGGCAGCAGCAGCAGCUACUGCUGCUGCUGCUCUCUUCUGCCUCCACCAAGUCCCCGUUUCCUACGCGAUCCGCCUUACUAACUCCCAUCAGCCCCUGGCCCAUGGCCUUCACCCACCCAUAGGGAGUCACGGGGACCGCCAGCCCAACGGCCCUGAGCCUCAGCAGGAGCCCCCAGCCCACGACACCCCUAGCAAGGACCUCCCAACCACGAGAGAGCCCACAGAAGACCUCCCAUCAGUAGAAAGAGCCACCAGAGACUCAGAAGGAUGGACAGCGGAGCACGGCUGGGCCGUGGAGGGACAGCGGUCAAGGCCAGCUCGCCCAGCUAGCCACCCAGCUAGCCACAGAAAUACGCCGCCAGCUGGCCUGCUCGCCAUCCACAGAGGCAGAAGACCAACUAGCCACACAGAUGAAGAACUAGCCAACAACACAGCUAGUGACCCCAUCAGCAGUUCAGCAGACGAGCCAGCCAAUGAGCCAGAUGACCAGCCAGAAGGUCACCCAGAUAGCCAAUCAGAUAGCCAGCCAGAUAGCCGACCAGCUAGCGAACAAGACAAAGAUCCAGCUAGCGAAUCAGUCGACUUUCCAGCUAGCGAUCUAGUUGGGGAGCCAGCUAGCGAGCCAGCCAGCGAAACCGCCAGCGAACCAUUCAGUGAGACACCCAGCGAACCAGCUAGGGAGCCAGACAGCCAAUACGCCAGCGAACCGGCUAGCGAACCUGCUAGCGAGCCAGCCACCGAGCUAGCUAGCGAACCAACUAGCCAAACACCCAGCAAGCCAGCUAUCGAACCAGCUAGCGAGCCGACUAGCGAGCCAGCUAGCGAACAAACUAGCGAGCCAGCUAGCGAACCAACUAGCGAACCAACUAGCGAGCCACCUAGCGAACCAACUAGCGAAUCACCCAGCGAGCCAGUCAGCGAGUCGCCUAGCAAAACACCCAGCGAGGCAGCUAGCGAACCAACUAGCGAGCCAGCUAGCGAAUCAACUAGCGAGUCGCCUAGCCAAACACCCACCGAGCCAGCUGGCGAACCAACUAGCGAGCCAGCUAGCGAACCAACUAGCGAGCCAGCUAGCGAACCAACUAGCGAGCCACCCAGAGAGCCAGUUAGCGAGUCGCCUAGCCAAACACCCAGCGAGGCAGCUAGCGAACCAACUAGCGAGCCAGCUAGCGAAUCAACUAGCGAGUCACCUAGCCAAACACCCACCGAGCCAGCUGGCGAACCAACUAGCGAGCCAGCUAGCGAACCAACUAGCGAGCCAGCUAGCGAACCAACUAGCGAGCCACCCAGAGAGCCAGUUAGUGAGUCGCCUAGCCAAACACCCAGUGAGCCAGCUAGCGAACCAACUAGCGAGCCACCUAGCGAAUCAACUAGCGAGCCACCGAGCGAGCCAGCUGGCGAGUCACCUAGCCAGCCACCCAGCGAGGCAGCUAGCGAACCAACUAGCGAGCCAGCUAGCGAACCAACUAGCGAGCCACCGAGCGAGCCAGCUGGCGAGUCACCUAGUCAACAACCGACCGAAUCAGCAAGCGAGCCAACUAGCGAACCAGCUGGAAAACCAACUGGCGAGCCACCCAGCGAGUUAGCUGCUGAGUUACCCAGCCAAUCUCCCAGCGCGGCAGCUAGCGACUCACCCAGCGAGCCAGCCAGCGAGUCAGCUUGGGAGUCACUCAGCCAACCACCCAGCGAGCCAGCUAAAGAACCAACUAGCGAGCCACCCAGCGAGACGGCUAGCGAGUCACCUAGUCAACCAGCCAGCGAGCCAGCUAGUGAACCCGCCAGCGAGUCGGCUGACGAGCCAGCCAGCGAGCCAACUUCCGAGUCAGCUACUGAACUACCUGGGGACCUAGCCAGCAAGCCGGCAGUCGACCCCGCUAGUGAAGCAUCUAGCUUUCCGGCCAGCGAGGCAGCCUCUGAAGUAGAUGAAGAGCCCACACUUGAUCCAGCUAGUGAACCAGCAGGCGACUUGACCAGCGAGCCAGACAUAGGGCCAGGUAGUGAGCUGUCCAGCCAGAUGGCUAGCCACUCAGACAGUGAGCCAGCGAGCGAGGCAGCUAGAGAGGCAGCUAGUGCGCCACGGAAUGACUCUGCAAGCGAAUCAGCUAGCGAUUUAGAUAGCGAAGCAGCUGCCGACACAGCGAGCAAGCCAGCUACAGAGACAGCUGAGAAACGAGCUUGGGAGAGAGAGAGCCUACCAACUGGCGAGCAGGCUAGCGAGACAGCGACCAAGACAACUAACGAACCAGUAGACGAGCUGUCUACCCAGCCAUCCUUCUUCUUUGAGGACUCGGACGACGAGGAUGACACUUACAGCUCAGAGCCGAGCAGAAAACAAAUUGGUUAUGAGGAAGAAGAGAUAAUGAAGCACUCACACACGAGCAGACCAGCACUCUCGCGCAAAUCGUACAGUGCCAGCAAACGCCCAGACCGGCAGCAGUACGGGACUCGCAAGGAGCAAACGCUCACAACGGAUUUCGAGAAUAUGGGCACCGACAGAUGUUUCCUGGGCUCUGGCUACAACUUGGUCUUUGGAAACCCCCUGGGAGACGACCGCACUCCAGGUGACCCUGGCUUCAGGGCUCCUGUGAUAGCUUUUGACUGGGGUCACGACAAAGAGGGAGUCUCCGCCGACCUAACUACUCUGCAGCCCAAGGGAGGAUAUAUACGGCCCUACGUCUCCUGCCAGUCCGCUGAAACGAUAGAGGAGAUAGAGAGCCUGAAAGACUAUGUGACGGAUUUGACGGCAGACGCCCAAGUGGACGGAGUGCUUCCCUAUUUGCCCUUCAGCGGCAGCCUCAACUUUCGCAAGAUAGCCGACGAGUCCCUACGGAAGCAGAACAAAACAUUUAUGAUGCGGGCCUACUGCAUAAGAUAUGAGGCAGGCUUCGCAGCCAUUGGCCUAGCCAGCAGCACAACCACAGAAGCUUUCAACAAGGCAGUUGAAAAGCUCCCCAGCAGUUUCCCGAGUACACCAGAAGGCAGCAAAUGCACCCCACAGAUAUUCAAAAGUAAUGCACAAGCCGCAGGAUGUACAGACGCCUCAAUCGUGCAGUGGAUGGAAUUCUUCUCAGACUUCGGUACACAUGUUACCACCAACAUUAAGCUCGGGGGAAAGAUAACAAAGCAGAUCCGCGUCCUGAAAGAGCACGCGCAGGACCUUCUUAACAAAACUAAAAGAGGCAAUGGCUUAGCUGAAGUUGCCGUUUCUAAAUUAUUUUCUUUUGACGGAUCCAGCAACAAAGCUUCCUUACAAAACGAUGCAGGCAAUUCGUUUGGGGUUACAACAUCGACUUUUGUCGUUGGGGGCAGGCCCCCCAAAGACCCCUCAAACCCUCUAGAGCUUUCACAGUGGGAAAAAUCUGUGGCCGCCCUGCCGAUGCCGGUGCAGUACCAACUGCAGCCACUCACUCGUCUUUUGCCUGAGCACCUUCAUGCGGCCUACCGCAGCGCCAGCUCCUUCUACUCUCAGGCCUUCGGGUACAAUAAAGACGAUCUCGAUCUACUAACGGGAUCCUCGGAGGCAAUCACAGACGUUCUGCGCAGCAGCUCCGUUGUUGUGUGGGCUGGACCUGCUCCCGGAUUCGUUGAUUGCCCGAAGGGCAAGAAGAUCCUCUUCGGGUUUGCUGCUCAACUAAGCAUGGAUGUUAAUGGGCCCCCGUUGGCUAUCAAGAGCUGCCAGAAUGGCAGCCACCGUUGCGAAGGUACCAAUACCACCAGUGGCGAAGCGCGAAUUUGGGCUGUCUGCGGCGACAAGCCUAUUACCUCUUUGGAAACCUACAGCGUUGUAGAUCCCCUCCCUGAGACUGCCGUGGGGUGCAGCCAAGGCAAAGAGGUUUUGUUUGGCCUGCAGCUAACCUUCAUGUAUGACAAAGCAGGCUUAGCCAGCGUCAGCGUGGUUCACUGCUCUCCAGGUGCUAAGGAAUGCCACUAUCAGGACGUGGGGUCCGUGCCUGAACAGACUCAGUCUCACCAUUUGUUUUAUGCAGCCUGUGUGGAUCGCGAGCUGCCAGGUCUGCAAAAUAUGUUCGUGGCCUCCAAUGCGGGCGUUGUGGGCUCCAGCCAAACUGUUGAUCCUGCUAAAACGGCCGCCGCAGACUGUGGAGCAAACGGCUCCAAUGUUGCCGGGUUUGCUCUGGAGCUGCACACCUUAAUGCCGCUGGUGCGAGCCGGCUUCAACGCUUGCUCUGCGGGAUAUCGCUACUGUGGGCUUAAGACCUACGUGCUACCGCCAGCCCUGGAAGUUGAGAAACUGUGGGGAAAGAAGACGGCGGUGGUGCGCCAUAGUUCAGCUGCAUUUGCCCUGUGCGCGCUCAAGCAGCCGAGCAGCACAACUGCAAAAGAAGAUGAACAGCAGCAGCAGCAGCAAGAGCUAAGCAACAGUGAAGAAAGCAUCAGCGAAACGACUGAUACGGCAGUAGAAGCUCCAGCGCCAGCAGCAACAACGACAGGAGCAAUGGCAACAACAGAAACUGCAGCCAAGGCAGGAAGGCGACGCAGAGUGAGAAGAAUUGCGUAA